CCUGUACAUUUGCAGGUUUAAGACAAAACUGUUAAUGGUCAGUGGUUUUUUACUUGGGAACAUUAUUCCUGUUGCCUGGAAAAUGUGACUCAGAAAAAUGGAGCACAGAUAAAUGGAACACAGAAAGUUGGAAAAGCUACCUGUUUCAAUUGCACUAUCAAAACACUGACCAAAUAUGCAAGGGUAUCCUCUAAUCAUGCGUGCAAAAAUUGUUGUCACCAAGGAGAUUUGGAGUAAUCUCGCAGAAGACAGGCCAUAGGAUAUCAUCAUUGCAGCAAUGGUUCCUGAAGGAAGAGAUGUUGGGAUUAACAGAAUCUGAAUCAGUGUGUUUUGUUACUGAAGAUUGACUUUUGCAGCAUAUUCCUAGAUCAGAAUAAUUUUGUGGUUACAAAUUGUAACUUACGGUAAUAUUCUUAUCUCAGUUUACUACUUAAGGAUACUUAUGGAACUAUUGGGAUGAACAAAGAUUUUUUUUCCUUCCAAGUUCCUGUUACCUGAUUGAACUUUUAUAUUUAAGUUAUAUUUUCAUACUGGGAUAUUUAUGGAUUCUCUUUGUGAAAAAAAAUUAUGCUCUUUUUUGUGAGUGACAUUGUCAUUGUCUCUGUUUCAUGUAGGAGGUUAACAUGCUGACAAAGGAAAAUGGUGACCAAGUGGCUAAUAAAUAUACAGCGCCUCGUAUUAAAGUGUUUGACAACCCUGAAUCAUAAUGUGAUAGAGUGGCAACAGUACUUGGUGGAUUUCACCACUGCUGACAUCUGUAACUUGGGUACACUUCUGUUUAUGUGCAGUCCUGUGCACUUUAAUAUGAAAAAAAAAUAACAUUGUUUCUUCUGUAUGUUGGUUGGACACUGAAGAAACAUUUAAUCAUAUUGGCUUCCUAAUUCUGAUAUUGCUUCUCAACUAGUCCGAAAGUGAGGCAACAUUCCUUUAAAAAAAUCUUUAAUAUUACAACCUCAUCAUGUGGUCAACAGCUGUGACUGCUAAUGUAAUAAAUCCUCUAAAGAGCAUUUUUUUGAUAAUCCUCAUUAUUUCUCUGUUGACUUUCCUAAAGUUCAGUAACCACCACUUCCCAGUUUUCUCAGAAGGGGGGGACAUGCCUAUCUCAUUUAAGCAAGAACAGAAGUAUAGCAUGACAAACAUUUGUUUCCAUUAAUUGUAAGGUAAUUGCAGUCCUAUGGUUAUUGGAAAUUUCCCUCAAUGGAAUACUUGUAUAUGUAAUUUCAUUUACUCCAUCCUCCAUAUGUUUUUGAAUAUUCUGAUUGUUACAAAACAGCAAAAGUGAUUUCAGAAAAAAAUGCAAACUUAUUAGUGUCUGAAUAUCAGACUGUCUUUCAAGCCUUAAAACAUAGUCACUGGCCAGAGCUUGGAACUCUUCAGAGAUAUUUUUUUACAGUUUUUAUAAGUGUAUGCUGCCUUAAAUGUGGUAAGCUGCACAGGUUGUUGGUUUUGGGGGAAGGGGAGGGGGAAUCACUGCACCUUAGAAGACAAAGUCCAUGGCACCAUUGUUACUUUUAUUGUUACUGUAUUUGGAUAGCAGUAGUUCUGUAGCAAGCAAUGUUCAGCUUGCUCACCUGCUACCUAGAAAAGCAGGGUCAGUCCUACCAUUCAUCAGAUGCAGUGGUGUGGUUGGGGAAUAGCAACAGGUUGCUGUGUGGCAAAGUUGAGUGUUUUAUGUCACCUCCCCUGUAACUCCCGAGGCAGCCUGCUACCUCAGCUAUGAUGUUGAACACAGUCCCUUUAGGGUUCAGCUGGUGGUUUGGUAGGAAUUUGUACACGGAGUAGGAAGAAGCAUCAUCUUGUUAUUUUCUUUGGGCAGGAGGUAUUUGGGGCCAGCUCUACAAAAGGAGCAUUUUCUUAGACCAUGCAUGUUCAAAGUAACAUAGCGGUCAGUGCUGUCUUAUACUUGCAAUACCUUGUUACUUGUGGAGGUUCAGGUUUGAAAAAAGGGAAAACAAUGUUUAACUAAAUAGGGGGGAAACACCCCUAUUAUGAGGCUGGGAAAUGUCCUUGAUCAAUGUUGACUUCUAACUUGUUUUUAUAUUAAUUGUACAUUUCUAAUUCUGUGAAUUACUAUUCUGUUGAGCAUUGUACCCUGAAGCAGGUUUUGUCUUAUCUGUGUGAUAUUCCUUGUCUGCACACAACAGAUAUGAUUUAUCAAAUCAAGCAGAUACUAACAAGACAUCAGUUUAGUGGUAUAGCGGUACUAAGAAUUGAAAAAAUGACUUUUUCUUUGAGGUAGUGAAACAAAUAGAGAUGAACAUCUGUCAUGUACCUUUUACCUUUUUAUGCUAAUAACAGCUGACUAAAUUGAAAAGCUUGGUUUUACUCAUAUUCUCUCCUGUGGCUUCUGUUCAGUAAAACGUCUAUUUCAAACAGUGUUGAAUUCAGAAAUCCUUAACUAACAAUAAAUCCAAAGCCUUAAUUGUAUUUCAGUAGUCUAAUGUUAAAUAGACCUCAGAUAUUUAUUGAUUCUGUUCAAUAACACCAGGCAUCAUAGAACAGCUUAAGACAAAGAUGUAAAAAAAUAAUGAGGAAAUCUUGGUAUUGCUUAUUUUUUUCUAUAUUUCAAGAAUGUUUAACAAUCAUUUUUGAAAGAAUGAAGGAAGAACUAUGGACCAAAGGUAUAAUCUAAAAUGUUAAAUGUAAAUAUAUGCACAUUGUGCUUAAUAACAUUAAUCAUUAUGUUGGUGAAUGAUAUGUUCUGUUUCUAACAGAGCAUUCAGCACUUAUGCCAAGAAUGGGUAACAUCCGAAGGAACGGGGUCACAUUUGCCCGAUCCAAGACCUGGGGGGCUGCUCCUAUUCUCAGACACUACCCUAAAAAUAGCUGACUAUGUCCCUUCUAGAAAGUAUGGCAGGGCAUUUCACUCUUCCCACCUCCACCCCCAAAAACCCAAGACUGAAUAAUCACUUCUAGUUUUAAAAAACCAGACCCUAAACAGGGCAAGGAAAUGGAAAGGGGCAAAACUGUGUGGGUGGCUAUUUUAAUGCCCCUAUAGUGUGUGAAUGUGGACAGGCAGGCCACUGCUGUGUAUUUUUCUCACCCUUGCUGUUGUAUGAAGCACACUGUGCUUUUAAAACUGUCAAGCAGAGCAUGACAUCCAUGGUCUUCUGAUAAGUCACCAGUGCCUAGCAUUUUAAUGUACCUCUCAGGAAUUUCUAAGUCUUUUGGCACAACUUUGGUCAAUUUCCACUGGAAACUGACCAGAGAAUCACAUUGGAGGACCUAGAGAUUUCUAAAGAGGUGUUCUCUCUAGAAAUCUCUAGUUCCUCCAGCAUGACAGAAAAUAGAUGACAGUAGAAUUAGUACUGGAGGACCUAAAGGUUCCUAAAGAGAACAUUUUAAAUCAAAUCUUUGAACAAUCAAAUUAGCAGAAGUCAAAACCGCAAAUGUGGAGGGACGACUGUAUACUAUUUCUAUGAAGCAAUCCAUGUAACUGUCAGGAACUGAUAGCCAUUGCUAGACACAUGCUAAAUUUGCCUGAGUCUUUUUAAAAGGUUAUCUAAUCACGACCUUUUGGGGUAGUGAGUUCUGUAGACACUACACAGUGAGCCAGUUUCAAUAGGCAACUGCCUAUGAAACAGAGGCUUCUUUUGCUCCCCAGGCUGCCCUUCGCAUGCUCCCCAAACCGGCUUCUGAGGGUUCUCCCAACCAGAGGGACUGCAAGAGGGAGCAAAAGUGCAGUCUUGCCAGUGAUGUCUAUUCCACUGGUAGAAAGAUACAACUCUGUGAAGAAGCUGAACUAUAGUCAUACUCUUCAGUAAAUGCUACAAUCUCCAGUCACUGCUAAGAAUAAACCUCUCAGCAUCAAGGCUGUGUCAACCCCAAACACUCCAGGAACUAGAUUGGGAAGAUGACCCAGUGGAAUGACCUCACGCAAGAGUCUAUAUAAGUUAGACUAAGCAGGCUACUGUGGAAUUUGGAUCUUAACAGAGGAGACUACUAGAUCGGUGCUCGUCUACGGGCUGCAGCCAUGUCACAGCCAGCUCCUGUGAAAAAGAAACGCCCUCCAGUGAAAGAGGAAGAUCUCAAAGGAGCUAGAGGAAAACUCUCUAGCAACCAGGAAAUCAAAUCCAAAACAUACCAAGUCAUGAAGCAGUGUGAGCAAUCUGGUGCUGCCGCACCAUCCAUAUUCAGCCGAGACCGCACAGGAGGGGAGACGGUCUUUGACAAGCCCAAAGAAGAGCCUCCAAAGAGUGUCUUUGGCUGACAGCCAAGUUCAAGAUCUGUGAUGAAUAUUCAUCGCCUCCGCAACCUACCCCUUUUGCCUUCACAUGCAACAGUUUUAUUAUUGCACUGUGGACUUAAUCCUUUUAAUUACUAGUAAUUAACAUGAGAACUUGCAUUGAAAGAUGCUCCUUUUUUGUACACACUGAGAGACACAUAUACACAUAUUGUGGUUUGUUGUUGUUUUUUUUAAAUCCCUAGGUGUGGAGGAUUCAAGUGGGAUGAUGGCAAUAAAGUGCAGGCUGGCAGUAAAAUGACCAGCAUUGUUACACACAUA